CAACGUUGACGUUGAUUUGAGAAAUUUUUGGGCGCUAAGGGCAACAGAAGAAGGAGGGAGCUUUGGGUUUCGGGAGUUUGUAUGUUCGGAGAGACUUCCACGUUACAACCUUCUUGGCCACUUGAACGAAGCACUAGAGAAUUCUUUAUUGAGCAAUUGAUUGGCAUAUUUUCCAAAUUGUUCAAUAGAGAAAGCCGUGCAUAUAUAGAAAGGAUCGUCCGUGCAGAAGAAAAUAAUGCCUUUUUGCACUCUAAAUCUUAUCGUCAGUAUAGUCAGCUACUGUCAGAACUUUCAAGGCAAGCAGAAAAAGCAAGCAACAAGUCUUUCGAGAACAAUAGCGUUGGAUCAGUAGAACCAAAGAAGAGUCAAGGGGGAACCUCGGAAUCGAUGAGCGGAAGCCUGAAGACAAACAAAAGAGAUAGAAAUGGUAAGUUGUUACUUUCAAAUCCUCGCACAGAACAAAAAAGUUGGAAGCUGGAUACCGGAAACUUGAUGCUAUCUCCUUUGCAUCAUAAUGGCAGCGUUGAGUCUUCAGGAAUUAUGUCGACGGCUUCUUCAGAUUGUAAUAGUGUUGUUUCUCUCCGAAAUGAGGAACGAGACAAGUCGGGAUUGAAUCCAACUAUUUACAGAACAAAGUCUGAGAUGCUUGGUCCUUCUAAACGUGUGCUACCUUCAAAUCCUUCUCUCGAAGUUGCCAAUUCAACGCAGGCCUUUUUUAUUGCCUUGAAGAACAAAUACAAGAUACCCUUUCGCUUUUUAAAAGGCGUAGUUCCUAUGAUUGAAGAUGAUACAGUUUGUCCAAAAGAAUUGAAACAUCGAAUUCAGCAGUUUGCUCAUUUUUUGGAUCUUGAAAGGGAUCAAUUUGUUGAGUUAAACAUAAAACCUGAAGUUCUUAUGAAUCUAGACACGACCAUGGAUACCAUUUUGCAUAUGUUUCGUCCACUCUUGAAGGAGGUUGUACAAUGGGUGGAAACGUUUGGUCGUAGCAUGUUUCAAAUGGAACCAUCAUACUUGUCGAAUCAUUUAAGUUUUUCAAGUGAAGAAAAAUCAUCAAAUAGUACUGCAGAUUUGUUGCAAACCAAUCCUUCCAACAAUCAACAAUCAACUUGGGCAUCUGAAAAGGAACAGGUCAUUUCCAUUUUGAGUAGUAAAUCGUCUCGUGAUGGCAUUGUUGACUCUAAGCAACGUGUAGACCCUUCGAAAGUGGAGAAUGAGGAGAGUUGUAUCAGUGAUGAAUUGAAUAAAGACAAGCCUCCCUGGAAUUGUCAGUUGCAGACAGCUGCAAUAACAACUAUAGACUAUGUGCAGCGUUUUACGAAGUAUAUGUCUCAAUCUAAUGCCUUGAAGGAAGGAAGGUUGCGUGGACAAUGGGAGAUUUUGAAAAGCUUGAAAAGUAUUUCAGACACUGGUGACCAACAGUUUGUCCAUGAAGAACUAUAUGAAAAUCUUAAAUUUGCUUGCUCAUCUGUGGAACGAAGGUAUCCACAUCUUCAUCAUGAGUUGUAUUAUGAUGCUGUUAUAUACAUCAUUUGCAAGGCGAAGUGUACUAUUAUUCAAUUGCCUCUUUUGUUUUUGUUUCCAAGUAUAGAAAAUGAUGGAAACGUGUUUUUCUUAAUACAAAACGAAGCUUGUGGUGGCGGUGAAUUAGGAGAAAGUCUGAUAACGCAUUUUUAUGAACAAAUAGCAACACAACUAACUUUAACGAGAAAUGUGUCUUCUAUUCUUAAGAUUUGGGGCCAUAUUACUCAGUCAUUUAUGGAAAUGAUCUUAAAGGAGACGCGUAAAUCGACUUGAUAACAUUCUGCUGUGCUCACUUUGACUAUCUUUGUUGUAUUCACUUUGUCAAUCCUGAGUUGAUAUAGAUUCAAUUUUGAUAUUUCUCUUGUGUAACUCUAGUGAUGUACUUUUGUGAGUAAGGAUGUACAUAUUUAGAACUGCUGUAUGAGUGAAAAUAGAAAGAAAUGUUUUUUGAAGACUAGUUUCCGUCAGCUUUUUGUAAGUCCUUUAUAAUGUACAAUUGUAUUUGGUAAUGAGGAUAAAGCUGUUGAUAGGAUAUUCGCGAUUCUUUCAAGGUCUGAAGUCAUAUCCUGUAGAAUACACUAUUACAAAUUGUUACUACAACGAAUCAUUCUAUACAUUUGAAACUCGCUUGG